UCUCGUGUCUCCUAACUCAGUUAGCAGUCACUUCCUCCUAGGUUACCUCUUUAACACAAAAUAGCUCUUAUCUCUCUUCUCCCAAACGGUAAUCUCUCCCCUUCUGUCACCUCCCCCUUUUCACGGGUCAUCCCUAUUUCCACUGGUAUACAUGACCCUCUGUUUAUAACCCAUAUGGCCACUGCUGUUUCUGGCUUCUGAGUUUACAUUAUUAUAAGGAUUAUUAAUUAUAACCAAAGAAAGGUAUCUAUUAUACCUUUAAUAAUUUGCAAUGUAUGUGAGGAGAAUAAGAAGCAACAACCAAAGGUGGAAUCUAGCAUUUCAGCGUUUUAACCACUAUGUUAGUUCUGGCUACAGAACUUACUCCCCUAUACAAACCUCAAGCGUUACCUAUAUACCUUCAGACUGCAUUUCUCUAGGCAGUGUGAUAGGACGAGCUUUGUUAGAUACAUCUAAGUCAAUACAGACUGCUUCCCAACGAGGGAAUAUAAGAUUGUUGAGGAUUUUACCUGCAACACAUUUAAGGUAUUUUAGUUCUAAAGGUGAUGGUAGGGAUGCGAGUGAGGAUAAACAUGUACACACGAGAGAUAGUGGGAGCUCUGAUAAAGGAACAGUUCGGCAGGAAAAAGGCGGUGAAGAUGUGAGAUAUUGUGAUGCACAUGCUCAGCUUGGUGAUCAAGAGCAGAAGGAGUGGCUCCGGAAUGAAAAGCUGUCGAUCGAGAGUAAGAAGAAAGAAUCACCUUUCCUAAGUAGACGAGAAAGAUUUAAAAACGAGUUCUCAAGGAGGGUUGUUCCGUGGGAGAAAAUAGCUCUAUCAUGGGACACAUUUCCUUAUUAUAUCCACGAACAUACAAAGAACGUUUUGGUGGAGUGUGUUGCUUCCCAUUUAAAGCAUAAGAAGGUUACUGUGGCUUACGGUGGCCGCUUGAGUUCUUCAAGUGGGAGAAUCCUGCUUCAAAGUAUACCAGGGACUGAGCUUUAUCGAGAAAGACUAGUUCGAACCCUUGCUCGAGAUUUAAAAGUACCAUUGCUGGUGCUUGAUAGCAGCAUUCUAGCUCCAUAUGAUUUUGGUGAAGAUUGCUCAUCUGAAAGCGAAUCAGAUGUAGAAUCAGGUGAAGAGUGUACGUCGGAUUCUGAAAUGGAAGAUGCAAAUGAUGCAAGUAAUGAGGAAGAAUGGACAAGCAGUGCUGAGACAAAGUCAGAAGCUAGUGAGGAAGACGUUGAUGUUGAGGCAUCUGUGGAAGCAUUAGAAAAACUUAUUCCAUUCAACCUUGACGACUUUGAGAAGAGAGUGUCCGGAGAACUUGAAAGUUCCUCAGAAUCAACCUCGGAGUCUGUUGAUCAAUCAGAGAAAACUCAACGGCCCUUCAGAAAAGGGGAUCGAGUAAAAUACACUGGACCUUCUGGUGUUGUUAAAGCUGAUAACAGGAUUGUAUUGGGGAAGAUACCUACUUCUGGUGGUCCAACAAAUGCUUUCACUGUUAUUCAUGGAAGGUCCAUGUCCAGUGGUCAACGUGGUGAGGUGUAUGAGGUGAAUGGUGAUCAGAUUGCUGUAAUUUUUGAUGUUAUUGAAAAGAAAACAACGGAAGAAGAGAAAGAUGAGAAACCCAAAUCACAAGAUGUGAAACCAUCAAUAUACUGGAUUCCUGCCAAUGAGAUUGAACACGAUCUCGAUGCUCAGGCUGAAGACUGCUACAUUGCCAUGGAGGCACUAUGUGAGGAGGAAGAUCUCCUUAGCACAUUUAAUAAACAGAUUGAAGAAGACAGGAGAAUUGUAAUAGCUCGUAGUAACCUAAAUGAAUUGUACAAGGUUCUGGAAGAGCAUGAGCUUUCAUGCAUUGAUUUGUUGCAUGUAAAUACUGAUGGUGUAAUUCUGACAAAGCAGAAAGCUGAAAAAGUUAUUGGUUGGGCAAAAAAUCAUUACUUGUACACGUGCCUCCAACCAUCUAUUAAAGGGGAUAGAUUGUAUCUGCCUCGUGAAAGCCUUGAAACCGCAAUUUUGAGGUUAAAGGAGCAGGAAACAAUGUCAAAAAAGCCGUCCCAGAAUCUUAAGAAUCUUGCCAAGGAUGAGUAUGAGAACAACUUUGUCUCAGCAGUCGUUCCACCAGGUGAAAUUGGAGUCAAAUUUGAUGAUAUUGGUGCUCUUGAAGAAGUAAAGAAGGCACUGAAUGAACUUGUAAUCCUACCAAUGCGGCGACCAGAGCUUUUCUCCCGUGGAAAUCUGUUGCGGCCUUGCAAGGGGAUCUUACUUUUUGGGCCUCCUGGAACUGGAAAAACUCUUGUUGCUAAGGCGCUUGCAACAGAAGCAGGAGCUAAUUUCAUUAGUAUUACUGGUUCAACCCUUACAUCAAAGUGGUUUGGAGACGCUGAAAAGCUUACCAAGGCACUCUUCUCAUUUGCCAGUAAGCUGGCUCCUGUAAUAAUUUUUGUUGAUGAGGUUGACAGCUUACUUGGUGCUCGUGGUGGUUCGUUUGAGCACGAGGCAACUAGAAGAAUGCGGAAUGAGUUUAUGGCUGCAUGGGAUGGCUUGAGAUCAAAGGAGAACCAGAAGAUCCUUAUACUUGGUGCAACAAAUCGUCCCUUUGACCUUGAUGAUGCUGUUAUUCGCCGUUUACCUAGGAGGAUAUAUGUGGACCUACCAGAUGCAGCAAAUCGCACAAAGAUACUAAAGAUAAUUCUUUCUCGAGAAAAUUUGGAGCCGGAUUUCCCGUAUGAGAAUCUUGCAAAUGCAACUGAAGGUUAUUCUGGUAGUGAUUUGAAGAACCUGUGCAUUGCGGCAGCUUAUCGACCUGUUCAAGAAAUACUAGAAGAGGAGAAGGAGGUUGAAUCACUGGGAGGUAGAAAAGAUGGAGUUCCAGUGUUAAGACCGCUUAGUGUAGACGAUUUUAUUGAGUCAAAAGCAAAGGUGGGGCCAUCAGUCGCAUAUGAUGCAGCAAGCAUGAAUGAGCUGAGAAAAUGGAAUGAUCAGUAUGGUGAAGGUGGAAGCAGAAGAAAGUCUCCAUUUGGCUUUUGAAUCUUAUAUAACAGACGGAGGAGGUAGUUGGAAUGUCCACAAUUUGGCCCGUCACUCUGAAUCAACAGAUUACGUUGUCGUUACAAUUGUUUAUUUAGGUAGAACCAUGAAUGUGUAAUUCUUUUAGCAGGUCUAUCUUCUUUUUUUUUUUUGGUUACGGCAAAUUCCAAUGAGUGGCUUUUGCUGCAUAAGGUUGGUUUAGUAAUGUAGUACCAAAGCAGGCAGAGAUAGGAUAGGAACAGAGCCAUAGAAGAUACAGGCUUUAGAAUGCCAAUGUGUAUUAACAAAAAGUUCAAUUUUGUAAUUCUUCCUCUAUUAUAAGGGGAAAAAUUCAAAUGCCAAAGGUCGUAAAUGAUUUUUUUCUGCUUUAGAAUUUUAAGAAACAGCAGUUCUGAGUUUGCUA